CCCACGGAAAUUUUCCUUGAAAAUAAAGACAACAGCUUUCCACAGAUUCAGAAUGUACCUACAGUAAAAGACUCUUCAGAGUCCUUUGCUAAAAAGCUUUGUAUUGGAGAGUUUGUUGGAAACCAGGGGAGGAGGAAAGAGAUUGAUCAGGGAGGGGAAAGGUUGAAGCCAAAGGAUUUUCCAUUCCGCAAGCUGCAAGUUAAAGAUCUCAAAGACUCCAGGAUAGAAAUGGAACUGAGGAAAGUAGCCUCUGCAAUGGAGGAAGCAGAACUAGACCCAAGUGAGUUACUGGGCAGCAUUGAAGAGAGUGAUGACACUGAUGAAACCCUCACUUCACUUCUCAACGAAAUUGCCUUUCUCAAUCAGCAGCUGAAUGAUGACACUUCUGGCAUGUCAGAGCUGCCCAAUACCCUGAGUUCAGACUUUUCCCCAGAAGACUCUGAAACUCGCAGGGGAGCUGCCAGUGACCUGGCUGCUGCAGAUGGAUCCUCCUUCCCGUACGGUCACUUGGGUAGCAGUUUCAAGGCCCUUUCUGAAGUUCGCGAGAGUAGUGGCUCCAUAAGCCCCCUCCUGCUUCACCUAGAAGAUGAUGACCUUACGGAUGGUGAGAAGAACUCAGCAGAACCUUCAUCUCAAGCAGAUAUUUUGAAGAUAGUGAUAGGCUCUGACAUGAAGGACCCACUUGCCAAACUCUCAGUAACUGAUGGUGGUCACGGUAAAACUUUAGAUCCCUUGGCAGAGACCAGUGUGUCUCCUCCAAUCCUGCAAAUGAAAACCAAUCUAGAAGCUGGUAAUACUGACACAUUGUGGAGGCCUAUGCCCAAACUGGCCCCACUUGGGUUAAAAAUUGCAAAUCUUCCAUUAGACUCAGAAGGGCAGAGUACCAAGGUGAUGCCAGUGUUGGCGCCUGUAGUUGCAAAACUGGCACCCAUUGGUUUAAAAAGUAAAUUACCUGCAACUGACCAGGAAGAACAGGACAGUAAA